GCCCAACCUUUCCUGUUUCCUUUUCGUUUGUUCGUUGUGACCUUCCUUCUUCGGCUCGCUUUUUGCUGUUGUGCUUUUCGUGCCUUGCAACGUGCGACGCACCUCUCACUUGAGAGCCACACAAGGACUCCACUGGGGCCACAAAAAUGGUUUUCGAUCUCACCUACCCGCACCUGUACCGCAGCUCGUUGCCGAAAUGCGUCAUGCGCAUCGACGACAGCUGGUACGACUGCACCUCCUGGCGCAACUCUCACCCCGGUGGUGCGCAGAUGUGCGACGAGUUCCACGGCAAGGAUGCAACGGACGCCUUCUACUCACUGCACUCCAAGGAGGCAAUCCAGAAGCUGAAGCGGAUGAAGGCGCUUCCGUUGAAGGAAGGUGACACCCCACGCGACCAGGUGUCUCUGAAUUUCGCGAAGCUAGUGAAGGAGUUGGAGGAGAAGGGGUGGUUUGAGCGCAUUUGGUUCAUCGACUUCACCCGCAACAUUCUUCCUGUGAUUGCGUUGUGCAUCAUUGGCACCUUCCUCAGCUACUCCUGCCCCGUUCUUGCCACCGUCCUCAUCGGACUUGGCAUGCAGCAGGCUGGUUGGCUUGGCCACGACUUCACGCACGCGCGUAGCAAGUUCGCCCGCUUCCUGGGCAACACUCUCGGUGGCCUCAUCAACGGCUUCUCGUUGGAGUGGUGGUCGCACAAGCACAACUCGCACCACGUCUUUGUCAACCGCAAGGGCUUGGACUCGGACAUCCACAACGAGCCGGUUCUGUUUUUGUGGAUCCCCGACGUCUCCGAGGACACCGCGCUCCGCCGCUACCAGUACAUGUUCUACCCCUUCGCCUAUUCACUUCUGUAUGUUUCGUGGCGCAUGCAGUCUCUCCGCUUCGCGCUGGGCAGCGGCAACAAGAAGGAGCUGGCGCACAUGGCGGUGAACUACCUGUGGCUUGCCUUGUUACCGUGGAAGGUCGCUAUCGGUAGCGUCAUUCUUGGUGGAUUCUGCGUUGCCAUAGUGGUGACGUCCAACCAUCAGACGGAGGAGAUGAUCGAGCACGACGAGCCGUACAACUACAUCAUUGACCAGUACCGCGCCACCCGUGGCGUCCAGUGCUCCGAUCCGUUCUUCGAGUGGUUCUUCGGUGGCAUGCAGUACCAGCUGGAGCACCACCUCCUGCCAAUGGUGCCGCGCUACCGCUACCCUGAGGCACGUGGUAUUCUGCGCAAGUUCUCCGAGGACAACGGGCUGCCCUUCCAUGUGAACGGCGUGAUGGAGAUCACAAAAAUGAACUUCGAUGUGAUGUACAGAAACUCCAUCGCCCCUGCUGUCGGUGCGCAAGAGUCGAAGAAGCAGGAGUAG